AUGACAGACUCCGGAGAGGAUGGUCUGGAGCAUGACAAAGCUCCCUCACAACACAUCCCAAAGCCAUGGGUGAUUCCCAUGCCAAAGGGGGCCCUCCAGCGCAUCUUUGGGACCAGCCAAAUCUUCCAGAACUUUGAUGAUAUAAAACCAAAGGCUACGGGGUUAACCGUGCCCCUCAAAGUCAGGGAAUACUACCAUCGAGCUCAUCAGUGCUUGGAGCAAGAGGACUGGGAGAUGGCCGUGCUCUUCUUCUCCCGCGCCCUCCACCUGGACCCCCAGCUGGUAGAAUUCUAUGCCUUAAGAGCCGAGGCUUAUAUCCAGCUCUGCGACUUCUCCUCGGCUGCCCAGAACCUUCGAAAAGCCUACUACUCCCAGCCAGAGAACAAAGACUACCUGGAGCGACUCGCCCUGGUGCUUUACCUGAAGGGCCAGUGCCUUUUUGAGCAAUGCGCCUUUCUGGAUGCCUUGACAGUCUUCUCCCAAGCCUCUGAGCUCCAGCCUGAGAAAGUCUGCUUCCGGUAUCGAUGCCUGGCCUGUCUCCUGGCCCUCAAAAAGCAUCGUGAAUGCCUCUCGUUCGUCACCAAGGAGGUGAAGCAAGGCACCACCAAUGCAGAUGUCUACAUCCUCCGGGCCAGGCUCUACAACUUCUUCCAGAAGCCCAACCUCUGCUAUCGAGACCUACACAGCGCCUUGCUAUUGGAUCCCAAGCACCCACAGGCCAAGGUGCUGCUCCAGGUGAUGGUGGGCCAGGCCCAGCAGGCACGCCAAGAUGCUGGGGUCCUGGCCGUGCAGGGCAAGUUGCAACAUGCGCUGCAUUGCAUCAAUUGUGCCAUUGAGAACAACCCUCUGGACCCCAGCUUCUUCCUCUUCCGGGGCACCAUGUACCGACGGCUCCAGGAUUUUGACUUGGCAGUGGAGGACUUCCUGAAGGCGCUGGACAUGAUGAGCGAGCACCAAGAGGAGCUGGUGCAGCAGGCCCAGCGCCAACUGCUGCUGGCCUACAACGACUUCGCGGUGCACUGCUACAUGCAGGGCGCCUACCAGGAGAGCGUGCUGCUGCUCAACAAGGCCCUCAAGGACGAGCAGCAGGAGAAAGGCCUCUACAUCAACCGCGGCGAUUGCUUCUUCCAGCUGGGCAACCUGACCUUUGCUGAGGCGGACUACCAGCAGGCGCUGGCACUGAGUCCGAAGGACGAGGGCGCCCACCUGCGCAUGGGCCUGUUGCAGGAGAAGUUGGGUUUCUGCGAGCAACGGAGCAGGCAGUUCCAGAAGGCAGAGAACCACUUCUCAAUGGCCAUCCAGCACAAUCCCCGGAAGCCCCAGUACUACCUGUACCGCGCCAGGAGCCGGCAGCUCAUGCAGAACAUUUUUGGGGCCCGCCAGGAUGUUGCCACUGUCCUGCUCCUUGACCCCAAGCAACCCAAGCUGCUCCCGAUGAUGGCCAACCUUUUCCCCGGCAUGUCAGUGGAAGAGGUGCUAAGCAGCCAGGUGGCGAACCUGGCUAGGUUGCAGCUGGAGCGUGUGGUGGAGCACAGCUUGUACACCAGCACCCCUCAGGACAUCCUGGGGCAGCUCAAGGAUCGGAAACAGAGGGCCCGGGCCCUGAUCAUCUCUUGGAAGCUGGAGCCGCCUUUACUGGAGACCUCCAAGGAGAUGGAGGCCCCUCGCCAAUUCCCGCAGGCAAAGCCAGAAGGCCCAGAGGAAGAGGUGCAGGUUUCUGGGAAGGAGAAGAAGCUAAAGCUGGCCCCCAGCAAGGAGUCAUCCUUGACCGACAGCUACGUCAGCCAGACCUCUUUAGGCUCCAUCUUGGGCUUCAGGACCAGGUCCACCUCGGAGACAGAGACAUCCAGUACGGGUCAGGAAUACAGGAGCACUUCCACCACUGUUGUGACAGUCUCUGACUCCUCACUGCUAAGGACACCAUCCUCAGACUCGGGGGACAGUAGGAAAGACCUAAGCCUGAACCACAGCCCCAGAGAAACCAAGUCCACCCCAGGCCACCACCAGAGGCCCAGCAGGACGGAGGCCACCCUCAUCCAAAGCCAGAGGCCCAGCAAGACAGACGCUGACCAGGUUCAAAGCCAGAGGCCCAGCAAGACAGAGGCUACCCUCAUCCACAGCCAGAGGCCCAGCAAGAUGGACACCACCCAGAUUCAAAGCCAGAGGCCCAGCAAGACGGACACUGCCCAGAUAAAAAGCCAGAGGCCCAGCAAGAUGGAGGCCGCCCUCAUCCACAGCCAGAGGCCCAGCAAGACGGACACCACCCAGAUUCAAAACCAGAGGCCCAGCAUGACAGAGGCUGCCCUCAUCCACAGCCAGAGGCCCAGCAAGACGGACGCUACCCAGAUUCAAAGUCAGAGGCCCAGCAAAACUGAGGCCACCGUCAUCCACAGCCAGAGGCCCAGCAGGACAGAGGCCGCCCUCAUCCACAGCCAGAGACCCAGCAAGACGGACGCUGCCCAGAUUCAAAAUCAGAGGCCCAGCAAGACUGAGGCCGCCUUCAUCCACAGCCAAAGGCCCAGCAGGAUGGAGGCCACCCUCAUCCACAGCCAGAGGCCCAGCAAGAUGGAGGUCACCCAGAUUCAAAACCAGAGGCCCAGCAGGGCAGAGGCUGCCUGGAGCCCAAGGCAAAAGCUCAACAAGACCCAGGCUACCCAGGGCUCAAGGCGGAGGCUCAGAAAGUCCAAGGGUGCCCGUGGUCAGAGCUGGAGACUCAGAAAGGCAGCUGCUACCCAGGACCAAAGCUGGAGAAUGAUCCAAAGCCCCAGCAAGAUCAAUACUUCCUAUGACUCAAGUUGGAGCCCCUCCAACACUGAGGCCACCAAGGGCCAGGCUCAGAGUCAGAGGCGCAGCCAGUCCAAGGCGGCCCAGAGCCAGAGUGCAAGCCCAGGUGCCAGCAAGACCGAGGUCACCUGGGGACUGAACCCAAGUCUCAGCAACAUGCAGACUGCCCAGGGCCCAAGGCAGAAGCCCAGCCCCGAUAGUGAGGCUCCUCUUUGA